CAUGUCUGGCCGUCAUGGCACUUGCUUACAGCAUGAAAGGAUUCACUUCUGCAGAUUCGCUCCUCCAGACAUUCCAGUAUCCGACUGCUGUUGCUCAAGCCUCUCUCGCGCAAGCUAGCAGCUAUCCUGUACAAGGGCAACCGAUCUUGGCACAGCCUGUGAUGGCUCAGGCGAUUCCCUACAACAACUAUGCAAGAGCCAUCCCUCAGCUUCGCGCUGCUCAGCAGAUUCUGCAGGCGGCGAACGCCUCAGCAAUAGCCCCAGCAGCAGCAGCAGGUGGGGGAAAUCCUCUUGCCAACGCCAUGGCUGCAGGAGGGAGCGCAGCAGCUGGGUCAGGGAUUCAGACUCCUCCAGCAACGCCUCCGCCCAUAUGCCCCGUGGGUGAGAUGCAGUGCAAGAACGUCAAGUGCAUGGGCGACAUUGGCUGCAUCAACGAGUUGCCCGAUGGCUCGUUGAGGUGCGAUUGCCCUCCUCCCCCUCCCCCUCCCCCUCCUCCCGUCUUGGGCAGCAAGGAGUGGCUGGGACAGCAGAAUAACCAGAUGGAGGACGUGGGUGAGGCAGCCGGAGCAGCCGGAGCAAACUUGGCCAUGUACGAGUCAGGCCCUGUGGCAGUUGCGUUGGCGAACUACUUGAAACAAGAAGGAAAGUUGGCUGAGACGUCGGCCAAGAUGCAUGAGCUCCUCCUCAAGGACUUGGAGGCCGUCCAGGAGCAAGAGUCCUCCACCACCACCUCCUCUUCGUCCUCCACAUCAUCAGGCUCCGGAGCAGGAGGUGCGCCGGCAACGUCUUGGCUACCUGAUAAUAUCUUUGGCAUCAAGUUGGGGUAGGCAACAAGACUGAAGUGCUGUAGUUUGAAGACAUUUACAAUACAACAUAGUUUACAAG